AUGGGUUCAGCAUAUCAAAUUCUAGGAAGAUCCUUUCAACCACACCAACUUGCUAUUGGUACUUUAUCUCUAGUUGCACUAGUGGCUAUGCCAAACCCUUUUGCUGCUAAGAAGGCCAAGGAAGUGGAAAUUCAAGCUUCUUCAAAGGAAGAAGAGAAAUUCAUCAAGGAAUACUUGGAAAAACACAAGUAA